GUUAUUAAUGAAUCCUCACACCCAGGAAUUCCGGGCAAGAAGCGAAACACCAAAUAGCACUUCCGCUUCCGGUGUCAUCGCUCAUGCGUCCUCCGUCCUUCAGGAAAAAUGUUCCCCGGAGCCCGCACAACAACGUUCCUGGGUCCCCCGCGUCAGGCCGCUAUCAGGGCGGCAGCGGCUGCUCCAGCGUCCUGUGCACUAGCAGAGCGAUGUCUCUCCUUAUACGGAACAUGCAGCGCGUGGUCUGUCUUCGCAGAGCUCCCUUGCGCAAGAAUCUAGAGAUUGCCAGGAGCUGCCUCGGAGUGGGGGGUUUUAAUGUCGGGGUAAUAUGCAUAAAUGAUGCAAGGAUCCGACAAAUUAACAAACGUUAUAGAAAGAAGGACGCAGCGACGGACGUUCUGUCAUUCCCUUUCCAUGAGGGUCUGUGUCCUGGUUUCUUGCCUGAUCCAUCAUUUCGGGAUGAAUACAAUUUAGGUGACAUUUACCUGGGAGUUGAAUAUAUAUAUCGCCAGUGCCAGGAAACUGAAGAGGAUUUUAACAAUGUCUUGACAGUGACUGCAGUGCAUGGCUUAUGUCAUCUCCUUGGCUAUACACAUGACAGCCCGGAAAACUGGAGGAAGAUGUUUAAAAAGGAAAAUGAGGUUCUAAUGGAGAUAAAUAUAACCACUGGAUCUACACUGAAGCCGCUGUCUACAAACCACUUUGAUCAUUGAUGGAGCCUACAGUGACCCUGCAGUGUGUUGAUGAGCCAGAGUACUCUUAUCUUGCUAGAUGACCAAAGAAGCUAUCGCUCGACUGAGGAACAAUGUGGUUGGUGGUUUGUGCUAUGAUUAUCUUCCGUGCUAUUAUUCUUAUGCUUUUGAAGAAGUUGUGGGGCUUCCCCACGACAAAAAGUGUUAAGCAAUUCAAUUUGAUUCUUUGGGAUAUACUCCUAUUAUGUAUCCGGACCAAUUCCAUGUGUGGAUGUCAUCUCCCAGCCUGCGUUUACGUUCAGCCAUUAGAUACCUUGCAAGAUCCUUUUUGCUAAACAACAACUGUACAGACUAUAUCAUCUUCAUCCUACCUGCUGGCCAUUAUCUUCUGUUACUAUUACUUUUUUAUGUGCACAUAACAAGGCUGCCUUAUACGGUACCUGCAAGGACUGUUAUCAGUUUGGUCAUUUUAAUAUCCUUACAAUUUUUAUUGUGUUAUUUCAUGUACAUCACCUUUUUUUAAUAUUAAAGAACUUUAGAUUUCUACUCA